UGAAAUGUAUUUAAUUAAAUUAAAUAAAAGCAAAUGCAAUAUUAUUAAAAAGUGUACCAGCAGUGUUACUGUAAUGCCGCGGCUCCGGUGCGGCAGGGGGCGCUGAAUCAGGCCGUGCUCACUUUUACACUACAGCGCAGUAUUUGGAAAACAUGUGGACAUGUGGAGCCCGGUGUCUCUGCAAACUGAUUUAAAGCGUUCAAGUUUUUAUUUUCGUUAAGCCGGCGUAUUUGCAUUGUAAUAUACGAGUUGUUUUUGGCGGUACGACCUCGGUCAGCUAAUCUAAACCAACCGCAUCCUUAACGUCUUCACGCGACUUAACCACACAGAGCAAUAGCGACGAGCAGCUACUCUUUUAUGUGUUGAUCAACACAAGUCGGCCCUUGGCAUGUCUGGAAGCAGCAGUGAAGAUGAAAACACUGACAGACUGAAAGAGGCGGUGUGGAGCUUUGGAGCGCAGGGCGUUAAACUCCUUGGAAACGGCGGCGCUUCCUGUCCUCACUAUGAAGACGGCAAUAUCCGCAGAGAAAGUCGUAGAACCGAUGUUUCAAAGCACGAGCAUGACGGUAACGAGCUUGGGACGACACCGGAAUUUCAGUCUCACGUGGCAAAGAAGUUAGGAGCCCUUUUGGACGGGCAUAUUUCAGAGGUUUUUACUGGAACUGUCGACUCUAAACAUGACCAGUCCAAAAACGAAGAAGAGGAGGACGAAGGAAGUUUCCAUCUCUUCUCCACCUCUGCUCCUGGAAAUUGGAUGGAGGAGCCACUUCCUCCACCUCCUAAAAGGAGACGCGUUCCCAGCUCCAGUGACAGCGACAGCGAGAAGGAGAUGAGGUUUAGAGAAGCGGCCGUGUCUGGGUCAGACAUCAUCGCCUCUGCUGCCCAAUUCCUCCGAGAGGAGGAGAAAAGUGCGACAAAAGAGCCAGCGGCAGCACAGGAAGUCACCGUUGCUAAAAAGAAAAAGAAGAAGAAGAAGAAGAAAAUAAAAGCAUCCACGGAGAGAAGUGAUGAGAACAAUACCCAGGUGUCAGAGAAACUGUGUAACGGAGAAGGAACGGAAGAGCAAACACCUGUGGUUCAGAAUCCUACAAAGAAAAAAAAGAAGAAAAAGAAGAAAAAGAGAAAGUUGGAUGAGGGCAAAAUAGACUGUGAUGAAUGAGAGACCUCGGUCAGGGCAGUGGCAUGUUGAAUUUCUGCCUGGGAUUAAAACCAAACUGCGAGGGGUACGUAAGCGCAACACAAAAAACAAAACCGUUCAGUCUUUCUAGGAAAAAAAAUUAAAUUAAACGGACAAGAACUUCAUGAAACAACUUUUGUUAAAAUGAGGUGAUCUGGACCUUUAUGCAGCAUUGUUUUCAUCUGCGUACAUUUAGUCUGAUGACUGACCUGAGGUCUGUUGUUCUGUAAAUGCUGUAAAUCGCCACCUGAACAUCAAUAAAAUAUUUUUAUUUUACUAGAAA